ACAUUCACUUGUGGCAUCUCUGUACUGCUGGGCAAAGUUGCUCGAAUCAGAGGCAGAGCUCCUUUCCCUAUGAAUAGGAUGGAUGAUGCUGUUCUUAAUGAUGGUGGUGGUGGGUGAUGAUGAGACACCCAUUUCCCUUGUGAUGCCGUUGCUGCUGCCUUGGAGCUCCUCUAGCCUGCCUACCUCCGGACUCCUUACGUCAGGCUGUUUGGGUUCCCCUCCUUGAGAGAGAGAGAGAGAGAGAGAGAGAGGGGGGUGGGGGGGGGGGAGAGGGAGAGGGAGAGGGAGAGGGAGAGGGAGAGAGAGGGAGAGCGCCACGGGAAGAGAGAGACACUCUCACACCAGGAGCUGGAGCCAGAGGCAGAGGCAGAGGCAGAGCUCCUAAGGCACCAGCCAGACGCCGGGGCGAACACUUGAAGCCGAAUCCGCGGUCCCUGUGUGCUAGGAGUGCGUCUCCAGCUUGCGGCCACCUAUCACGAUGCCCUCACCAUGCCCGCCGGGCUCCGAGGCUCUCUGAAACAGUUUCUGCGCAGCGGGCCAGAAGGCUCGGGACCGGAGCGCUCCCGCUGAAGUUCAGCGGGGCGGCUCGGUGCUGGAGGGGGAGCGUGGGAAUCCGCACGUCGGGGAGGCGGCCCCGACUCAGCUCAGCCGGCCCCUCGUUGUGGGGAGCGGGGUGACCCGCACCGCCUCACCAUUACUUCUCCGGGAAAAGAGGACCUGGUCGCUGUCGCCUCCCGGCUUUGGCAGAGGCGGAGGCGCGCCUGCCUGGCCGCCGUCGGCGUACUGCUGGCCAUGGCCCUGGUGCUGCUUAUCGCCGUUCCCCUGCUGCUGCUGCAGGCUGCACCUCCCAGUUCGGCGCACUAUGAGAUGAUGGGAACUUGCCGCAUGAUAUGCGACCCCUACAGCGGGGGACCCGGGGGAGGGCCUGGGAGUCCAGGCAACAAAGCGGCCCCAGGUCCUAGCACAGCUGCCUUGGAAGUCAUGCAGGACCUGAGUGCCAAUCCCCCGCCCCCAUUCAUCCAGGGACCCAAGGGAGAGCCCGGCCGGCCAGGGAAACCGGGCCCCCGAGGUCCUCCAGGGGAGCCAGGACCCCCUGGACCAAGAGGGCCUCCGGGAGAGAAAGGAGACUCAGGAAAGCCCGGGAUGCCCGGGUUGCAGCUGGCUGCGGGCGGGGCAGGUGGGAGCAGCGUUGGGGCCAUUGGUGGUGGAGGAGUAGGGGCUGGCGGGGACGUCGGCGAGGUGACUGGGGCACUGAGUGCCGCGUUCAGUGGCCCCAAGAUAGCUUUCUACGUGGGCCUGAAGAGCCCCCACGAAGGUUACGAAGUACUCAAGUUCGACGACGUGGUCACUAACUUGGGCAACCAUUACGACCCGACUACGGGCAAGUUCAGCUGCCAAGUGCGAGGGAUCUACUUCUUCACCUACCACAUCCUCAUGCGAGGCGGGGAUGGUACCAGUAUGUGGGCAGACCUCUGCAAGAACGGGCAGGUCCGUGCCAGCGCCAUCGCUCAAGACGCGGACCAGAACUACGACUACGCUAGCAACAGCGUGGUGCUGCACCUGGACUCCGGGGACGAGGUCUACGUGAAGCUGGACGGGGGCAAGGCGCACGGUGGUAACAACAACAAGUACAGCACUUUCUCUGGCUUUCUUUUAUAUCCCGAUUAGGGAGUGGGAGAGGGGACCGGCGCACUCCACCCCCUUUCCCUCUUCGGCUGGAGCUUGGGGUGCAGCCCUUUUCUGCAGGACCCUCUUACUUCAUGGCAACUCGUCACAUUUCAGUUGGGACAGUCACCAAACCACAUUUCUCCUCCACCCCAUCAGUCAGUCCCUACUCCCCUAGCCUGCCAUUCGUGUAUCUGUAAUCUCACUCGCUCGCUCCUCUGGGGCCCCAGACAGAAUUCUGGCUCAGGAUUCGCCCAUCGUCGCUGGGGAAAGGGGAAAUAGAGGAAGGGGACCGGGAUGGGGUGUAGGGAACCAAAGGUCCCUACCUACAUACAAAAACUGAGAUGGAGAAACAAAAACAAAAAACUGAUUAGGAUGGACAAGUCCGGGCAAAGGGAAACUUCUUUCUCCCUUCUUUACUCACUGCUGAAAUCCUCCUGAAGUGGAAUCUCCUGGUACCCCUUGCCUGGGAUAUGGGCCUAAAUCGACACUUAUUUGUAAGGAGCUCUGCAAGGCGUCAUUCUUUGUGAAAUGAAAUACUUGUGCGAAUGUCCGUGUUUGUCCGCAAAAUCAAACCAAGCAAACGCCAACAGAAACUAACAAAACAGCCAACAAACAAACCGCGCCUCACUCAAACUGUGAAAUAUUAAAUUGUGUUUUUAGACAACAGCUUCCUUGUGUCUCUGUCAGCAUUACUUAGCCUGGCCCCUUCCCUCCCCACUCUCAGAGCUCCAUUAUAUUAAUUCAUGGCCUCCGUCCAUGGUUCCAGAACCUCCCUGAUCUUGCCCACAGCACCCCUCCCCCAACUAUUUCUCCUCUCUUUUAGAGGAGGUGAUAUGAACCACAGAGGAGAGGAAGGGAUCCAGGAUAGAGGCAAGUCACAGAUUAGAGGACAGAAUGGUUUCACUCCACCUUCUUGGCUCUCUUGGGUGUUUGUCUCAGCACCUAUUUUUAAGAGAUCUCUCCGAACAGGAGCCUAUUUGAAAUCCAUUUUUACCAGGAAGUGGGACGACUUGGCUUUUAAGGUCCCUUCUAACUUUAAACCUGUGAUUCGAUGAAAUGUAGCAGGGACUCUUGUGCCAUGAACUAUUUACUAUUAAGCUCCUGAGGCCUUCUGGGAGUAAAUGACAGAUUCCAGAUAAGUGGCCUGAAUCCAGGAAAGAGUAGCCAGCUGGCAUUUUGUUUCCAGUCCUUCAAGCUACCUCCUCACCUGUCUUUGUCAACUUGACUCUGCCUUUUGCCACCUUGUCUGAGAUUACCUUUUUAUUCUGGGGAGAGAGUGAAAGAGAGGAAAGGGGAAAGGUCACUGGCUGGUGACUGAUUAUUAGGGAAGGAAUGAGGAAAACAAUUUCCCCUCUAAAAAGCAGAGUACUUGUUGGUAGAGGGUUUUGGGUUUUUUUUUUCUUUUAGUUGUUUGGCUAGAAAAGGAAAAUUUAUCACAUAUUUAGAAUCACACACACACACACACACACACACACACACACAAAUCAAAACACACCCCUCCACUCAUUCAUAUGCUUAUUUUGGAACCAUGUAAACCAUGGUAAUUAUCUGGAUCAUUGAGAUCCCCCAAAACAUUUUACCUCAAAGAUCCUAAUUAAGUGAAUUAAACAUUUUUCUUCUAUGUCAAUAUUCAAGACAAUUGCUAUCAUCUUCCACUUCACUUUUUGUAAGGAGUUUUGUGGACAUAAGUCAAUGCUCUGACAUAAUGUGUCUGUUCCAGAUUGUGUAAAACAUAUGAGUAAUCAUUGACUUGUUGGGGCUGUGUCAACACAAAGGAAUUCGAGGGCAACCUUACCUUUCCCAUAAAUAGAGUUUUAUCGUUAUUAUUUCAUGUAAUGGUUGACUUCAGCACCAUGUUGUUUGGAAAGUAACCUUUUUGUAAUUGUCCAUAUUUGCUUUCAAAAUAAUCAGUUUGAUCUAAUUUACAAUUUACAAAAAAUGUGUGUACAUAUUAGAGCUUUGAUGUAUUUGGGUCCCUGAAAUAGUUUUGUGUCAUUCAAAUGUAUGAGAAUUGGGGGUGGGGAUGAAUUGUUGGGGAGAAAAAUAAGGGGAAAAGAGAGGGAGGGACCCUUAGAGAGGGCAAUACCUGCAGACACCCCAGAAUACUUGUGGUCCUGAUGUAGAAAAUGCAAAACUGGUUGUGUAUGGUCUGUUCAUAGACAAGAAUGAACACUCUAUGUAUGCAUAUAUUGAACAACUUUAAAGCGCUGGGGUUGAUGUUCCUGAGUGCCUUAGGGAAAUCUGUCAUUGUGGCCACAACCUUGUCCAUACACUUAUGCACACAGAUGCACACAUAUAUUUUCAUGGCAGUUUCUCUGCCAUUGUGCCCCUAUUUCUGCAUAUACUCAUUCCAGAGGGAUGCUAAGAGCUGUGAUUCCCAUUUAAAAGACAAUUAUGCCCCCUGCCUAGUUUCCUGUUGACAUUCCUUUUUAUGCUCUUGGUUUAUUUCAAUAAUGUUUUUAUUGUCACUCACUUGAAUAUGAGUGAUGAUUGCAUCCUCUUUGAGUCCUGAGCUGGAAACCUCACUCACUGAGAGCGAAAGAAAAGGAAACAAAAUGAAGAACCACCCAAGCCAAACCCUCAAACCCAGCCCAGCCUGCUAAUGAGGGCGCAAGAGGGAGGUGGGGAAGGUGCAGGGAGGGGAGUCCAUAAACAAGUACAUGUGUUACACACUUAUCAAUCUCCAAUGCUUUGUCGAUUGUACCAUCCAGAAAUGAGAUUAAAACCCAAUGUCUGAGACCCAAA